UUUCUUAAUUAGGCGGUAACAUUAAUAAGACGCGUUGAACUCUACCGAGUACAUCUUCUCUAUUCUGCCCCCCAGAUUAAGCAAAGAGGAGGGACGAAGGAGAAGAUCAUUGAAGCGAAGAAUAAUGGCGGGAAUGGGAGAUGGGUAUGUUGGUUCUGCCCAGGAUGCAGUCAGAAUUCAGAGCCUUGAGAAGCAACGAGAAGCUGAGCGUCGCAAAAUUGAAGAACCCGAGAGCAAAACUGCUUCCACUAAAGGCCAAGGUGGACUUCUUCAAUUCGGUUCCGGCACUUCCGAGGUAGCUCCGAAGUUACCUGGGACUGUAAAUUGGGGAACAGCAACUGUCAUGGGAAUAUUUGCUGGCAUGUUAUAUGGAGGCAGUAAGGAAGCAUCCGCUUCUGCUAGCAAGGAUGCUGAAGUGACACUGAAGCUUGGGAGUACCCCUGACAAGCGUGAACAGUAUCGAUUGAUGAGAGAUGCAAUGGAGAAGAGGUUUUAUAGAGUUACUCGUGGAUCCCUUGUUGGGGGAGUGCGCCUCGGGAUGUUCACUGCUGCAUUUUUCGGUCUACAGGAUCUGCUUGCUGAGAAACGAGGAGUCCACGAUGUGUAUAACAUUGCUGCGGCUGGUUCAGCCACUGCUGCAACAUUUGGUGUGAUAAUGCCAGGAUCUCUUCUUUGGCGUGCCAGGAAUGUCAUGAUGGGUUCAGUUCUAGGGGCAGUCUUUUGUUUUCCUCUUGGUUGGGCCCAUUUGAAGCUGGUAGAAAAGGCAAAUGAAGGGAGGGUCACCACUCAUCCUCAACUGAAUGAGAAGGGCGAAGUCAAGAGUGGUGUUGAAGUUGCCAUUGAAAGAUUUGAAGGGAGGAACAAGGGAAAUAUACAAAGCCAAGUAGGAAACACAUAUUUUGGUGUAUUUGUGAAUUCUUGCAAUGAAUUCUUGCAAUUUUGACUAGCUAGAAUGACUCUCCACAACCAAAGAUGCGAAAGUAGUGUAUUUUAUGAUAUGUAGGCUUGGCUGUUCAUUUUCAUUUUCAUUUUCAUUUUCAUUUUCAUUGUAAUUGGCUGAGGGGAAAAGGAAACAUAUACUUGGUAUUAUGGUUGCUUUUUGUUGGCAGUCUGGGAGAGCAAAGGUGGGAUCAAUUUAGGAUGUAAACUUGUGAUAUUAGAAUGGAUUCACCUCUGUUUUGUAACGUAUAAUUUGUACUGAUGAACGAGCUAAUAAGAAAGUUGUCGAUUCCAGCA